AAGACAGAGUUGCAUGCUCAUUGGCUGGGAGGAGACAAUGUGCUCACCCUCCCACACACACACAUACACACACACACACACACACAGUGUUUAAAACUUGAGAGCCUGAGAACUCAGGGAGAGCAAGUCCACUCGCAGGAGGACAGGAACAGCUGAGACUCUCUGAAAGCUCCAGAGUUUAUUCACGUUUGACUUUGAGGCGAGGAUUAACUCAUUAGACACUCUUACUCACACUGUCCGGCUUCAGAAUUUCGGAAAAGACACGUCGUCCUCGGGGAGCUGAGGAGCGGCCCGUCUCAGCAUGCUGGAGCGCUGAGUUUAGCCUGAGGAGCAGAGAUGGCAGUGAGCUCAUUCAACAGAAGGCAGUGGGCCUCCCAGUCCCUCCGCGUCACGGCCAAAGAGCUCUCGAUUGUUGGACCACGGGGGAAAAACACUGCCAUUGCGGAACGAUUCUCAAAGUACCAGAAAGCAGCAGAGGAGACCAACUCGGACAAGAAAAAAGCUGUGGAAGGGGUCACCCUGCACCCCGGCUCCCUGAGCGUACUGAAAAAGCGCUGGGAGGCUGAACAAGCCCUGGAAAGUUCACACACCUCCUCAGUAUACACUCCACCGAGAUCUGUACGCUCUGCUGAAACCAACUUCACCUCAGGGGUCACGGAGAUGGACAAGACACCUCGGCGGGACCUAGAGGAGACGGACAAGCCGAAUGUCCCUCUCAGCAGCCUCAAAAUGGUGUUCGAGAGCAAGGGUUCUGGAGAGACAGUCCAAACAUCAGGAAGUGGCCCUGACAAAAUGGAGAUCGGAGACAAAGGAGCGUUUGAGACAAUGAUAGAGACCACGCCCCUCAGGGAAAGAAUGGCCCUCUACCAGGCCGCUGUGUCUAAACAAGACGUGUCCUCGUCCUCUUGUGGUCAGAGUGAAGUGGACAUGGAGACACGUGCUUAUAGCGCGAAGCAGAAGGAAAACGUCCCUCCAGUUCCGCUGGAUGUGACCUCCACUCCUGAGCCUGCAACCAAGAGUACGGAUGCCAACGCAAGUUCCAGUGUGAUGACUCCUGUGUCUGAGCAUGGCCAGGCUAAACCAGUGAAGAAGUUCAGUCUGCCGACACGUGAAAGUUGCGUGGCGUGCACAAAAACGGUGUACCCCCUGGAGCGACUGGUCGCCAACCAGCAAAUUUAUCACAACUCCUGCUUCCGCUGUACUCACUGCAACACUAAGCUCAGUCUUGCAAACUACGCCUCGCUGCACAACAACGUCUACUGCAAGCCGCAUUUCUGCCAGCUCUUCAAGGCCAAAGGGAACUAUGAUGAAGGUUUUGGACACCGACCCCACAAGGAGCUGUGGGACCCCCGAGGCGAGGAAAAUGAGGACCAGGAGAACAAAGAGGAUCAUCCAAAAAACACCAGCAGUCCAACGGUGGAGGAAUGUCCUCUAGUUAAAGUGAACGUCCUCACUGCCUCGCUCGAGACACGGGCUCAGGAUGCAUCCGAGAGAACGGAGAAACCAAUGGAAACCAGAAAGCUGAAGAUCUCAUGGCCUCCGAGAACAAACAGCGAGGAAGCCUUGUCCCAAAGCGGUGCACUGGCUGAAGAGGCCACAGUUUGUCCCAGCCGCCCAAAAUGGCCACCAGAGGGCGACACGAGCCCACUCUGUACUGAUAACGCUGAGCUCUCUGAUAUCCGCAGGAGCUGCUCACUUAAAGAGCGCAGCCUUCCAUUUUCAGUCAGCAGCCCUGUCUCGGCUGUCAAUCAAGCCAGUGUGAUGCACUCCACUCAACCCCAGGCACUGGAUCAGGAGGAAAUAAAUGAAGAGGCUGGACAGGAAGAAGUUGAAGUUGAAGUGGAAGUGGAAGAAGAAGUUAAAGUCCGGUGUGAAGACGAGAAAGCUCAGCCGGAAGAGGAGGAGCCACCAUCUUUCACAUGCCAAAGUACAUCACUGGAGGAUACACCUCCUUCCUCCCCCAUCAGUGAGGGCGAAUCAAGCACCGGGUUCGAGCAGAAACAUUCCCAGGACGUGGGGUUCUGGGAUGGAGAGGAAGAGCAGGACGAGUCCAUUGAGGACAUGAUCAGGAAGAACCGUCACUACGAAGAUGACCAUGGCGAUGAGGAAGAUGAAGACUGAUCUGUGUUCCCAAUAAACGAGUGAAACGAAAUUAAAGUCUGUAUAUCUAUUAGUAGUAGUCUUUCUGCUUGAUCAGUGAGUCAGUAGAGAUUUCCACAUGGGACCACAUGAGGAAGAUGCACAAGGUUAUAUUUUUAUUGGUACUUUUUUAUGUAUGUACAGUGCGUGUCAUUUUUCUAGCUUGGGGUUUGGCUUUUAAUCUUGCUUUCAGUUUUCUAGCAUCUUUUAUCCUAUUACCUGUUAGACGAGGUGCCAAGAAUUACAGUUUUAGACUCUGUACUCUGAUGAUUUGGAGGACACCUGAAAGUGUCACUUAUCUCCUUUUAUAGCUAAAAAAAAUUAUAAAUUCUCCCAGUGAAAAAGACAAUUCUCUGGAGGGGAAAAAGCAUGGAACAUGAAACACUGAUCAAGAUUGUGACAUCAUAAAGGUUUUGUGAACCAACAGAAAACAAAACGUGGACUCUGGUCAAAAAAAAAAAAAAAGCGCAAAUGCACAGGGUAUUGCUCAUUAUUAUUUUUGCACAAAUAAUCGUUAGGAUUUCUGUGGUAAAACUGCUUCUUCUCUGAUUCUUGCUUACUAGGAUAGGUUUCUUGCACCUCUGUAGUUCUGAUUUAGCACCUCUUUUAUAAUUCACCAUAAAACCUGUUGUACAAAGACAAUAAGCAGUUAGUUCCUAAUUUUGUCUUUUUCCUAAAUGGAAUAUAAAUGAUUUUUUUGAGCAUUAAGAAUUGGCAGUCUCAAUGCUCAAUCAAAAGCUGCAGGCUUUUUUGAGAUUGCUUUUUUUUUCUUUUCUCUUUUUUAAAUCAAUGGACCAAAUUUUCUUUCAAUAAAUAAGUAUUUAAUGCGUAA